AUGGACUUCGAGGAUAGCGGCCUGUCUCAUUAUCAAAACGAGAAGCUGUCAGCGGCGGCCUCGCCUACGGAUGUGUCUUCGGGAGCGCAAACUCCAGUAGCAGUCCAAAGUCCGCCAGCUGGGGAGCAUUCGCGCCGUCACCCUCAUGUCAAUCAUGCCAGAGAGAGACUCCGCCACCUCAUUCACCCUGACGGCAGGAAGAUUCAUAUCGCCCAUACGCCGGAAGAGCAUGUCAAGCUGCAGAAAGAACUCAGUCAACAGCUGGGAGGCGACCAGUUCGACGUCGUGAUCUCUGGUAGCCCAGAGCAUUUGGCAAUCGUACGUGAAUUGCAUGCCCACCAUGCUGCUCGACGGGACACGCUUCGGGAUACUCACGGAGACAUCUUCCACGAUUUCGAACAGGUCAGAAACGAUCUCGACAACUUGUCGCAGGAACUGAGUCAGUUAACCCAUCAUGGUGUGGCCAUGGACGCAAACUUCAGCAAGUUUGGCUACACGGCGCGGAUACGAACCAAAGAUGACCACAGCGGAACCUCUACUCCGAUGGGUUCGUUGCCAGGCUCAACCCAAGAUCUGCUUGACACACAACAGAGCCGUCUUACUGACGGACUCAAAUUCUUUAAGCGCCCUGUGAUUCGGCAAUAUUUCCACAAGGGCCUGUUGUGGCGGUCCAGUCGGAGCGGCGAGGUUGGCACGUUCGAGUUGUUCGCUGACCUGCUCUAUGUCGGCAUUAUCGGCAUCAUUGGGGACAAGGCUGCUGAGGACCCGACCGGAAAGUCGUUCUUAUUAUAUGCCAUCAACUUCACCAUGGCAUUCAAGAUCUGGAACGAUCUUACACUUGUCGCGAAUUGGUUUGAGCGCGAUGAUAUUGUCCAAAAGCUGUCGGUCAUGCUCUACUUGAUCCUGCUCUUCGCCUACACCACGAAUAUUUCCUACGCCUUCGAGGACAGACACCCCGGCGCAGACCAUGACACGUACUAUCCCAUGAUGUCCUUCUAUCUCGCCGAGCGGUUCUACGGUGCCUUCUACUUCAUCUGGCUUUCCUACGUGGUGCCUCUUAUCCGCGGAACUCUCCUCUACACGUCGUCCAUUAUCCUCCUCGCCAUCGUCUUUUGGCUCGCCAGCAUCCACGCCAACUACCCCGGGCAGCUCGCAUUUAUCUGGGUCGCCAUUCUCAUCGAUCUCUGGGGCCAAGGCUUGGGCAUGUUUCUCUCCCGCGCCUCAUUCAAAAUGGCACAUCACGACAAACCAGGUCGGCUCGAACGCUUCGUGCGGAAGAACUUUGAAUUCUACCCGGCCAUCAACAUCGAACACCGCACGGAACGGACCAACGCCUUCGUGUCCCUUGUCUUUGGCUACUCUGUGCUCACAAUCCUCUAUCAAUCGCGCGCCUCCGUCGGCCUCAACGCCUUUCUCGGCAAGGGCAUCCUGGGGCUAAUUCAAGCCUUCGCCUUCCAAUGGCUGUACUUCGAGAUAGACCACCACGGUGUGCACGUGCACGCCAUCCGCCGGCACUGGCUGUCUAGCACCGUCUGGAUCACCUGCCACCUGCCGUUCGUGCUCUCGUACGUGCUCGCCGCCGCCACGCUCUCCAAACUCGUCAUUGCACACGACUGCGCCAACGCCAACGUCGAAGAACUAGGUGAAUCAUACCAGGUCAAAUCCGUCGGCGAGCUCGACCAGGGUCUUCGCUGGUACUACUGCGCAGGCAUAGCCUCUGCGCUCAUGACCAUGACCCUCCUUUCGUACUGCCACGUGCACAAACGGCUGCAGAACCCGCGGCUAAGCAAAGGCCCGCGCCUCGUCAUCCGGACGACCAUCGCGCUGGCGAUCCUCCUCCUUCCCCUCGCAAAAGACAAGCUCUCGUCCCUCAGUCUGAUCGGCAUAUCUACAGCGCUGGUCUCUCUCACCUUGGCCAUGGACAUCUUCGGCAUGUCCAGCCAGGGCGACCGCUUCUGGACAGGUGGCUGGUGCGAGGACAGCAAAAGGUCCACGCACUACGAGGCGCGCAUCCGAUGCAGCAGGAGAAAGAAACGGGACAUCAUCAAGGCGUUGCACCGUGGCGAGACCGUACGACUUGAUGAGCUGCUCCGGCGGCAGCGGACAAAUUCAAGCGCCAUGAGUAGUACCACGGAGUUAGGCUUCAGCGAGGACCAUGUCACCAAGGACGAGGAGUGGCAGCACGCUGCUCUGUGA